AUGCUGCCCUUAUCUUUAGGCACUGUUAGGUCCAGUUUAACAAUCACACCACGAUGGUCCUCGCUACGAAAGUUUUCCUCAUCCAUACCAACCUUUAAUACAAGUUCCUCCUCCAAAAACACAGCAGCUAUCUUACUUCACAAGAACCUAUUACAAAGGAAAAACAUGCUGUACGGAUACGGGUCAGGUACUGUCAAAUGUACUGUCUUUGAUGCAUUUGGCGUGACAGGAACGCAAUCAAUGGAAAUGAAAAGAGAUGAUCUAGUGUCAACACAAGGUUUACUACCAAGAGAUUUGAGAAAGAUUGAAAAAUCCAAACAAAAUGAUUUGGUCCCUAGUUUACUAGCCAGGAAGAAAAACAUCCUCAUUAGUUUAUUGACCAUUAAGGCACUCAUUAAGCCGGAUAUGGUUAUCAUCUUCGAUUCAUUCGGUUCAGGAAUUUCAUUGGAUUCUAGGGCACAUAAAACUUUUUUGAAAGAUUUACAACUACGGUUGAGAAAUCAGAGUACCACAGAAUUAACCCAGGAUCCCCUGCCGUAUGAAUUUAGAGCAUUGGAGGCAAUUUUCAUUUCUGCACUAUCCAAUCUGACAAGUGAAAUGAAAGUGUUAUUAACUGUCAGUCAGGGCAUCUUACAAGAUUUGGAGAAUAGUAUAACGAGGGAUAAAUUAAGGUUUCUUUUGGUUCAAAACAAAAAACUUAGUGCCUUUUCAAAAAAGGCAACUUUGGUAAGAGAUAUGUUGGAUGAUAUAUUGGAACAAGAUGAUGUGCUAUGCUCGAUGUAUUUGACUGACAAUAAUUAUGGUACACCAAGAAUUCAUGAUGAUCAUAGUGAAAUUGAGAUGCUUCUGGAAACUUACCAUAGUCAUGUUGAUGAAAUUGUCCAAAUGAGUGAGAAUGCAAUAUCUAAUGUUAAGACAACGGAAGAGAUCAUUAAUAUCAUUUUAGAUUCCAAUAGGAAUCAAUUAAUGUUAUUAGGUAUUAGAUUUAGUAUUGGGAUGUUAGGAAUGUGUGGUGCAUUAUGGGUUGGCUCACUUUAUGGUAUGAAUUUGGAAAAUUUCAUGGAAAAUUCCUCCUUUGGGUUUGCAUUGACAACCGGAUUGGGUGUUAUAUUCAUGUCGUUCCUGUAUUUUAAAGGAAUAAAACAGCUGCAUCGUUUGCAAAAGAUGUCUCUGCUAAACAGCGGGAAAACAGAACCUCCAUUUAUACAAAUGAAAAAAUAA